AUGGCUUCAGUUUCUCACUAUUGCCUGCUAGUUCUGGUCUUUCUGGAUUCACACGCAGCUCAGCCAUCCUGUCUACCAGGAUGUACCUGCUCAGAGGACAGUUUCGGCAGGGCUCUGCAGUGCAUGUCUACCUCUUUGGGAAUGAUCCCAAGGAAACUUCCUGAAGAGUUAAAGCGGUUGAGAAUUGAAAAUUCACCCUUAUUCGAACUGCCCCAAGAGUCCUUCAUCAACAUGAGCACGUUGGAAUACCUUUGGCUUAAUUUUAACAACAUCACUGUGAUACACCUAGGAGCCCUGGAGCACCUGUCAGAACUGAAAGAGCUGAGACUGGAGGGGAACAAACUUCGUUCAGUGCCAUGGACAGCAUUCCAAGCCACCCCUCUUCUGAGGGUCUUGGAUCUCAAACACAACAGGAUUGACGUGCUCCCUGAGCUGGCUCUUCAGUUCUUGGUCAAUCUGACCUACCUUGACCUAUCCUCCAAUAGGCUUACAGUUGUAUCCAAGGGCGUCUUCUCGAACUGGCUGGCCUACCAGAAACCCCAUCAGCCUGGCUGCAGAGCCAGGAUUCACUCCAGUUUGGUGCUGGCACUGCACGACAACCCCUGGCUAUGUGACUGUCGCCUGAGGGGACUUGUCCAAUUUGUAAAGUCCAACAGCAUUCCGGUCAUCUUGGUGAAUUCCUACCUGGUGUGCCAACACCCUCUCUCCAAAGCAGGGCAGCUUUUUCAUGAAACUGAGCUCAGUGUUUGCAUGAAGCCACAGAUCUCAACCUCCAAUGCCAGUGUCACCAUCCAGAUGGGACAGAAUGUGACCCUGAGAUGCCUGGCACAGGCCAGUCCCUCACCAACCAUUGUAUGGACUUAUCCUCUGAGCAUGUGGAGAGAAUUUGAUGUGUUGACCUCAUCUACUGCAGAAGAUACUGCUCUGUCGGAGCUGGUCAUACCUGCUGCCCACCUGGUGGACAGGGGUAAUUACACCUGUGUGGCCUCCAACUCCAUUGGCAGGAGCACCCUUGUCAUCUCCCUCCAAGUCCAGCCUGCCCAGACCCUGUCUGUGCCCCAUUCUGCCUUUUUCCCCUCGGAUGGCAAUGCCUAUGUUGACCUGAGGGUCGUCAAGCAGACAGUGCAUGGGAUUCUGCUGGAGUGGUUUGCGGUGGCUGACACCCCUGAGGAGAAAUGGUUUACCCUCUACAUUGCAUCAGAUGAAACACUCAAGAAGGAGGUGGUCCACAUUGGCCCCGGGAUCAACACGUACGCCGUGGAUGACCUCCUUCCCAGCACAAAGUAUGAGGCAUGCCUCAGCCUGGGGGGCCAGCCCCCACGCAGGGGCCGGUGUGUGGUCUUUGUGACGGGCAGAGACCAUGGCGAGCUGGAGGGACGGGAGCGCCUCCUGCACAUCACAGUGGUCCUGUGCGCUGUGCUGCUGGCGGUGCCUGUGGGCGCCUACGUCUGGGCAGCCCAGGCCCCCUGCAGCUGCAGGGAGUGGGGGCUGCACUGCUGUCCUCAACGCAGGAAGGCUCCCAGGUGCCCCCGUGCUGUGCCACAGCACAGGGACUGCUCCUAUAGAGAGCACAUAGCUGUCUGUGAGGACCGCCUGGGGCACAGAGACGAUGAAGGGGAUGAAGAGAAAGAUGGAGAGGAAGACAGGGGCUGA